GUGCUGGUAGAAGAGGUUACAGAAUCCUAAAGCAACAGCAGAAGAAUGACAAUGGAAACAGCAAACGUCUUCCGCUUGGUGCCUCUCCUAAUGCCACCUGCAGGGGAGCCCCAAGCAAAGCCCCCAUUGCUCGGCAGUGGGCUCCCAUUGCGGAAAUAAGAUUGAGUAGAGUCAUUGGGGAGAUGCUGAAUAUCUAUGUCUGAGGGUGUCUUUAAAACCAAGAAGGUUCUCAUCUGCUUGGAAUGUAACAGAAACAGGUCUUCCUGAAGGCAUGAGGUGGGAUUAAGUAAUCUUUCAGAAGUUCAUCCUAGCCCUGUGCUUGGAUACCCCAAGGAAACAAGGCAGUCUAGAAUCUUGGGGUCUGGGGACUGUUGAAUACUAUUACUCUGGGGUCCGGAGUUGAUGGAAGAGGCAGAGAAUGGAAGUAAAGAUAAAAUGAAGAAGGAAGGAGUAAAACAAGGCAGGGCAACGGUAGCCUAAGAUCUUAACCUGCAUUUUCCAAUUUACAGAGAACUUGUAAUGCUUUAUCUCCUUUAUUGGAACAAUCAGACAAUCACGGCUGUGUGAGAUAAGGAAGGUGAUUAUCUUUAUCCAAGUUGGACAGAUAAGGAAACAGGUGCCUAGGGGCCCCAAGGAACAGUGGCAGAGUCAAGGCUUAAAAGGAACAACCAGAAUUGAAAUCUCCAGAGGGGAAAGCUUGGCAUCUCUAUUUAGAAAAAUCUCUACAUGCAAUUCUCAUUUGCAGCCAGAAUUGAGAGCCAUUGACCUAGGCUUUCUGGCUACUAAGCCAGUGAACUUUCCAGAACAUCUACUGUCCCUGUGGAAAGCCAUGUUAGUGCAUGUACAAAGUUACAAGCUUCUGGAAAGUAGGCCAGUUUGAGGUAAAGCUGGAAACAAAGAGGUAUUUUAGGAGAGCUUCAUCAAUUGUAUUCAAUUGUGAAAGGGGAGAAGCUGGGUGACUCAAGGUGUCCUAGGUUGCCCCUGGAGAAAAGGGAUGUUGUGUACCUAAGGAAGACGGCACCUCCACUCCUCAGUUCAGGAACUUCCAUGGUCUUCCUGGAGAGGGGUCCCAGAAGGGCAGCCAGUAAGAGGCAUCUGGAAGCCCAGAGAGUACUAGGGAAGUGGUAGGCAUGCAGGUGAAUCUGGCAAGUUCAUGUUAAGAGUUUAGCCCAUUAUCAAGGCCAAAUUCUUGACUCAGUGGCUUAGGAGGCGUUUAUUUGCUUUUUCUAGCAACUCCACCCAGCCUCAGCAGGGGACACACUUCUCUCUGCAUUUCCUGCCACCUCUUCUAGUGGCAAAAGAUCCCAUUCCCACUUAGGUAAUGGAGGCUUUUUUGUAGGGAACAGCCAGUUAAGAUGUAUGGAUUCCCGUGUUGCUAUGAACAGGCUACAGAACAGAAAACCUGGGUACUUCCUGGAAAGUACUUCCUCCAUCUUCUCAACAAAUCAGAUUCUCAAGACCAGCUGCUCCCCAACCUAGCUCAUUCUUUGUUCUAGGAGACAGUUCCCAAUGGACACAUACCUGUGAAAACCUCUCUAGUAAACAACUGCAUUGUUAUUGAAAUUUCGCUCUAAAAUCCCAAAGCCAGGUAAAGCCUGAUAGCCAGCUUUAAUGAUGGAGAAAUCCAGGCAUUAAAAACAAAAAACAAAAAAAAAACAAAGAAAACCCCCCUGAUUUCUUGCAUUGGUGGGUGUUUGGAAGAAUGAAGUGAAGCAUUAGGUCUUUUUAGUUUCUGUGGGCUUCCAGUGCUGUGCUCCCAUGAUAGCUCUUAGCAGGUCCCCAGAUGUCCUGCAACACACUGCAUGCUGGUGUUGAAAACAGAACCGUAGCAGCUUUGACCCCCUGCACACUUCCUUCUGUGGGGAACGACCAGCGCGAGCCCCCCUGAGGAGCCUCUGGGACUCAGUCUUCGUCUGAUGAGAGGUUGCCAACCGGGUGGAGCAGGGAGGUGGCUUUGUUCAGAGUCUGUAAAUAGGAGCGACCUUCUUGUUCAAACAGCACUUACAGGUAGGUGACUGUUUUUGCUAAGUCAUCCUGGGGAUGCUCAAAGUCCCACUGUGAUAUCCUUCCUGGCUCCUCCCUCCUCCCCGCCCCUUUAACAGACCCUUAAGUGGGCUCACACUGCUCUGCUGCUCACUCUGCACUCCCACCAUGGCUUACAUUGCCAAGUCCUUCUACGACCUCAGUGCUAUCAGCCUGGAUGGGGAGAAGGUAGAUUUCAAUACAUUCCGAGGCAGGGCAGUGCUGAUUGAGAACGUGGCCUCGCUCUGAGGCACAACCACCCGGGACUUCACCCAACUCAACGAGCUGCAAUGCCGCUUUCCCAGACGCCUGGUGGUUCUUGGCUUCCCUUGCAACCAAUUUGGACAUCAGGAGAACUGUCAGAAUGAGGAGAUCCUGAACAGCCUCAAGUACGUCCGCCCUGGGGGUGGAUUCCAGCCCACCUUUACCCUUAUCCAAAAGUGUGACGUGAAUGGUCAGAAUGAGCAUCCUGUCUUCACCUACCUGAAGGAUAAGCUCCCCUACCCUUACGACGACCCGUUUUCCCUCAUGACCGAUCCCAAGUUCAUCAUUUGGAGCCCUGUGCACCGCUCAGACGUGUCUUGGAACUUUGAGAAGUUCCUCAUCGGGCCAGAGGGGGAACCCUUUCGGCGCUACAGCCGCACCUUCCCAACCAUCAACAUCGAGCCCGACAUCAAGCGCCUCCUCAAAGUUGCCAUAUAAACACCAGCAGAUCUCCUACUUCCUCCUGCCCCUGAGUGUCUUUCCUGAGCAUUCAGUGUGCCCUCAGGAGACUCUGCUGGGCCCAGGAUUUCCCUUCAGAUCAGUUCCCUUCAUUGAAUAGCCUUGCCUUUCUGGUCUGCCUGUUUCCUUUCCUUCCCCCCAAACUUCUGGUUGGUGAUUCAACCUGGGGCUCCAAGACGGGUGGGCUCUGAGCUUUCACAGAAUGAUGGCACCUUCCUAAAUAUGUAUGGGAGGUGUCUGAGAAGUGUGAGGGUCCGGAGCCAGCCUGCUGGCUGAGUCCAAUAAAGGGCGGGUGUGGAAACGG